ACAAUCAAAAUAAUCGCCAUUUUCAUGGAAUCAAACCAGAUGCAGUUUCAAAAUUUAUGAUGACAACUUUCUCUGAUCAUUUUUGGGGAGAAAAGAACAAUGGCUUCUAUGUGCUGUAUCAUAAUAUGAAACAUGGCCAGACAGCUUCUAAAGACUUCAUAGACUUUCUGAGAGAAAGUUGUACUGUAGAAGAAACUUACAGCAAAUUAUUAACCAAGCUAGCCAGAACUGCGACUAACAGUAGUCACACAGGGACAUUUGCACCUUUUUGGAAUGUGUUGAAAAGUUUAACAGAGAAGUUAGCUAGCCUGCAUAUGCAGUUAGUUCUGACAUGGAAUGACCUAAUCAAGGAUGUAGCUAGAUACAAUGACGAACAACAUAAACGUCACAAAGCAAUAAAAGAUGGUGAAUCCAGUACACUGGAACAGGUUACUGCUAUACAAAACAACACAACAGCACUUCACAAGGCAAAAGAGUUGUAUCAUGCCAGAUGUUUAGAAUUGGAGAGAUUAAAAAGAGAUAAUGCUCCUCAAAAAGAUGUAGAAAAGUCUGAAGUAAAGUACAAGAAAGCAAGUGAUGAUUACAAGUCUCUCCUAGAGAAAUAUGAAACUAUUAGAAACAAUUUUGAAAAUAAGAUGAUGGAUUCAUGUAAACAUUUCCAAGAGGUAGAAGAGGAACAUAUAUGUCAAAUGAAGGACUUUAUUGAUACCUAUGCAAAAGCUUGGGAGAAUGAACAUGCACUGAGAGGACAGGUGCACCAUGAAUUUAAAACAACAUGUGAUGAGUUGACUGUACAGAAAUUACUAGAUUCAUUUAUACAGUCAAAACAAACAGGAAAAAUUAAACCAGGUCCACUUGAAUUCAUGGAACCUGAUUUGUCCAGUUUACCGGCACCAAGGCCUAUGUCACCAGAACCAACAGAGGCUAAGCGAGAAAGUAUAACAGAGAAAAGUAGACCAGAUAUGAUAUUAAACCUGGACUCUACAGGGAGUCCUGUUCCAACUGACCAGCCUGGUCCUCUAAGUAGAAGUGUAAAGUUACGAGUUUCCAAAACAUGGUUCUUAAAGAAGAACAGAAAGAAAGAGAAGAAGAAGAAAAAGAAGGACAAAGAUGACAAAAGCAACGAUGAUAAAGCAGACACAGAAUCUGUAGACACUCUUGAAGGGGAUGAUGGUUUGGUUGAUGAAGAUGGUUACAGAAUCAGGCCAGAUAAUCCAUUAGAAAAUAAUGGUGAUAAAAAUAGCUGGAAUUCUAGUGAUUCAGAUUCAGAUUCAGAUGAUGAGAGUAAACGUAAAAUAAAAGUAGAAAUCCGACCAUUAAGUCCUAAUGGUCCACUACAGGCUGGCACUGUGGAUGAGAUCAAAGAAAAAAUGGUUGGAUUAAGGCUUUCUCCUACUGCUGUGAGGAAGAGAGCUCAGACACCUGUAGACAAGAAAAUGAAAAGAUCCCAGUCAGAAUCGGAUACCUUGGGAGAAUCCCGUCCAAGCCAAAACCUGGACCUUCUAAACUUAGAUUUUUUUAGUUCCUCUACGUCAUCUACACCUGUUGGAGGUGGAUUUAACCUCCCAUCACCAUUGUCUCCUAUGGCAGACAUAUCCAAUAGUCUUUCUAGUACUCCUGCUUCAAAUCCAAAUGCAUCAGAUAUAUUAAACGUAGAUGCAUCAGAUAUAUUAAAUGGUAGUAUUAGUCCAUCAACUAGUCUUCAAUCCAAACCUGAUAAUAUAUCAUCAGCAUCCAGUCAACUUACCUCUUCUUUGAAUGGUAGUUUUAAUUUACCAAUGCCACCUCAGCGACCUCCGUCACGGACAUCAGCAAUAGCUCCACAGGUUCCAGCUCGUGUAACAGCAGGAGGAAGAACUAGUCCAGCUUUCAUGUCACGGUCAGAGAGUAGUAGCAGUGUUACAUUCAGUACCACAUCCAUGCCAGUUGGAGCAUCACGUGGACCAAGUCCUUUAACUAUAGGCAUGUCUGAUACAGUUCCACUAGCUAUAGCUUUUACAGAAACUAUUAAUUCACUCUUCAGAGGAACAGAUGCUACAAAAUGUAUGGUGAAGAUAACAGGAAAUGUGAUGAUGUCAUUUCCAGCUGGUGUUGUUAAAGUCUUUACAGAAAAUCCAUCACCUGCACUCUUAAGUUUUAGAAUCAAAAAUACCGACCGAUUAGAACAAGUACUACUCAAUCAGCAGCUCGUUAUUCAAGAUGUUGACCAAAGUUCAUCAGAUAGUCUUUCAUACCAUUUUGAUAUGUCCGCUUUAUGUGGACAUCUGAAAACCCAAGGAGAAGAAAAUAAAACUGCCUCAUAUUUUAAUAUUGAUAUUCUGAAGUACCAGGCUAAAGCAUUGUCUGGUGUCGGUAGUUGUCCAUUGCCAUUGGUUGUGUAUUGGAAGUGUGAACCUACUCAUACAGAUAUACGAUUAGAUUAUAAAUUUAAUCCUUUACCAAUGUCCAACCCAUCAACAUUAAAAAAUAUAUCUCUAAUGAUUCCAGUCAGUGGAGAAGUUACUAGCAUGAAAAGUACACCUGAAGGAGUGUGGAAUGAAGAAAGCCAAAGAGGAAUGUGGAAACUAAAUGAUAUAUCAGAAGUUAGUGAAGAAGCAGGACAAGGUUGUGUUAGAGCUAAAUUCCACUUAAAAUCAGGUCCUAGUAAACCUGCCACGGCUGCAGUACAAUUUAUAUGUGAAGGAGCAUCAUUAUCUGGAAUAGACUUUGAAUUAAUAGGGUCUGGAUAUAGGAUAUCUCUUGCAAAGAAAAGAUUUGGAGCAGGCAAAUACUUAGCAGAUCCAGAUGAUUCAUAGCCAAGUGUGUUCACUGUUCAAGUCUCAGGACCAUGAUGCAACAUUCCAUUCAUGUGGCAUUAGGUACAGUGGUACUUACAUCAACACAAAAGGAUGAUAGACCUGUUGUACUACAUGUACCCAAACUUUGUGGCAGAUAUAAUGUAAUGUGAUCCAUGCAAAAGCAUAUUCAUAAAGUGAUAUACAAAUUGUGCAUUUAGUACUUAAUCUAAAUUGUCAUUAUUAAUCAUUAAAUAAUGUUUAUUUGAAUACAAAGAUAAGUAAACCAGAAGGGUUGUUAAUGCAGAAAAUAAAAUUUUUUUUUGAAUUGUAGAUAUAAAGAUUUGGUCAGUUUUUAACAAGUUUGCUGUGUUGAGAUUCAGAAAUAACAAGAGGAGUUAAAGUUUAUUGAAUUGUCAAUGACAGAUUAUUUUUUAAUUUAUUUUUAGGGCAUUUGUUAUGUAGUUAUAGCAAUGCCCUGUUUGAAAAAUUGUAUUGUUUGGGUUUUUUCCUCUCUUAGAAAGAUAGAUAAUUUGAAAUAAAUAAAAAUAAAUACAGGUAGUUUGAUGAAUGAUAGGAAAUAACUGACAUUGCCUAUAAAAAGUUCUUUCUUUCAAGUAUUACCUCCCCAUUUUAUUAUUAUUAGAAUGUCUGCUGCUAAUUGGAAUGAUAAAAUGAUAAUAAUUGAUUGCACAGUCCUAAUAAUACAUCUCGUGUUUAAUAAAAUACUUUGUGUUAAGUCAUGUAAAGCAAAAAGAUGGAAUAAAGAUGUGGAAUGUAAAAAACAAAUGAGGGAAAGAUAACAUAUAAUUUUAUUUUAGUGGUUGUCUUUUAAGAGUGCUGUCAUAUUUUACUGUUACUGUCUUGUGUUCUCAUUUUGUCUGUAAAAGUGCUCAAACAUUUUUUUUUAACAAUCGAUUCAUCCUUUUCGUUUAAUUUGGAUAUUUAUGCUCAUCCUUUAUGGAAAAUCAUCAUUUAUAAUCAUUUUAAGCACAGCUCCCUUCUUUCUAUAUCAGUACUACAACAGUUUAUACUCAGUAGAAGACAAAGGUCAUGAAAAGUUUGGUCAUGCGAAUAUGUUUAUGAAGUUAAAAAAGAGUUGUUAUGCUCCAAAGAGAAGUAAAUCCAAUUUCCCUUUAUUCAGUAUUUCCAAAUGUAUUAUUAUUAUGUUCUUCCAUGCUGUUUCAUUGUCACAUUAUUUUAGUGAAUUAUAAGUUUUGGCAAUGGUUAUGUUCUUUUGGAAUAAGACUUACAGUUAUUGUAUUACUAGGCUUGUUUUGAUUAAGGUUUCAGUAGGUUCAUUUUGAAUAAGGUUUCAGUAGGCUCGUUUUGAAUAUGGAUUCAGUAGCCUUGUUUUGAAUAAGGUUUCAGUAGGCUUGUUUUGAAUAAGGUUUUAGUAGGCUCAUUUCGAAUAACGUUUCAGUAGGCUCGUUUUGUUUAUUGUGUAAAUUUCUUUUGAAUUUGUGGAUCCCAAUGUAUUUAUGUUUGACAAACUUUUGACUUUGAGUGACUUUUAUGAAGGCUCUCCAGAUUCUGUGUAUUUCAUUUUGGUACUAUAGAUUCUGCCUUGACAUAUAUUCACCAAAUCAAACGCAUCUUUUAAAUAAUAUCUGUAAUACAGGAGUACAAAUGUCAAUGUCAUAUUUAAAUAUCUGUAAUACAGGAGUACAAAUGUCAAUGUCAUAUUUCAAUGUCUGUAAUACAGGAGUAUAAAUGUCAAUGUCAUAUUUCAAUACAGUUAACAGGUAUGGCUACAUUAAAUCUACAACUUGAAGAUUAGACUGAAUUCAGGAGAUAUACUUCAAAAACGUAUCAGGAUUUUAUAACAAAAUUUAAUGUGACAAAAUAGUCAAUUCUGACCUUGAACCCUGAUUUUCAAGGAUCUAGACAGUUUACAUGUAAUAGUUAAAUAUGGGGUUCUUACAUGGUCAAAACCUGAAGUCUCAUUGAAAAAGACCUGUGACCUUAAAAAUGUUCAAAAUCGAGAAUCAGAUCAGUUUAGAACUGUAUAGUUUGCUUUAAGUGACCUUGAGACUGGAGUCAAUUUUUAAACUUGACCUUGUGACCUAAGGUGGGGGGGGGGUACCCUACUGGAGCCUCAAACAUAAUCUGCCAAUCAGAUGUUUGUACAUGUAUUUUUGUUACGUUAUUUUAUUUGUUGAUUGUUAAUGUAAUGAUUUUUAUGUUAUUUUAAAUUUACAUGAAGUUCUGUCUUUAGUGUACAUUGAAAUUAACAUUUUUGCAAAAUGCAGGAGAUUUUGAAAGUUUUAAACAGUAUGUGUAUCAUAUUAAUUUGUUAUAUUUAGUGCAAUAUUGUUAUCAUCAAAUGUAUUUAUUUAUUUGAACAUGUCAGUAAAUUUUUAUCCCCAUUCCUCCCUUCCUUAUUGAAUAUAAUGUAGAAUUAUUUAUUUUUUUGGACCUUGACCUUAUUCAUAGAUUUUUACCUGUUGCUGAUUUUGGUCAGUGAAUUCGAAAAAUUCAAAUAUUCCAAAUAUAUAAUUUUUUGGAAUGUUUUGUUAUUACAUUUAUUCAUUUAUUUUGACACUCUUAAGGGAAUUAUGGACAGUUAUAAUCCACUGUAAAAUUUUCCCCAAAUUUUGAAACAAGGUCUAUUUUAAUGUGUACUUUUUAAAUAUAUACAAAAAAUGAUACAUUCAUGGGUCAUUUUUGAAGAUGUAUUAGAUUUUUUUUGUUGGCCUAUUGGGGGAGAAGCAUUUAAAGAAAUCAUUUUUUUUCAAUGUUCAAGAAAAACUUUUACUCCAAAAGAAUUGUCUGUUACAAUUUUUCUUCAAAAUAACAUAUACACUUUUUGGGCAUUUUUCAACCAGCAAAGAAAACAUUAAAAUUGGUACCAUCUGUUUUUUUUAGGUUUUUUUUUGGAUGAAAUUGAUUGUUUUCAAAUAGCAUUAUGCUAUCCUACUCUAGGCAACUUCAUUACCUCCCGCUACAACUGCAUGGUAUGGUAUGCAUUUAGCAAAUAAAACAUUUAUAGAACAUUCACACAUCCCAAUUUUAAGUUAUUUGAAAAUAAUACAAAUUACAAAUAUAUUUUUGUUCAUUCAUCUUUUUUUUUUCCAUCCACACAAGGUCUAUAUUAGAUUUGUGGUCCAGAGUCUGUUAUAAAAUGGACCAUUUACUAAUAAUUUGGUGAUUUCUUGAGUUAUGAUGAUGAUUUUAAUAUUAUGCAAGUACUUGCACUUUCCAUUUAAGUAUCCUAGCACAAAUGAUUACACAUUACUUUAAAGUACAAAGACAAUAAAAAUAACUACUUCAAGGUUUUUUGUUGAGCCUGCGACAUUUAUGUUGCGAAAGCGAGACACAGCAAUCCAAGAUUGCGUCGUCAGUGGUGGCAUUGGCUUUGGCGUCGUCAACAUUGAGGUUCAGUCUGGUUAAUGUUUAUUUAGACGUUAAUAACUUUGUCAAACUUUCAUGGAAUUUUAUGAAAUUUGGGUAGAAGCUUUUUAUGACCAAAAUACAGUAUCCAGAGCAAAAUUUUGAAAAUAUUUAUUUUCAUUUUCAUUUUUCCAUGUUUUACUGAUAAAUAGUGAACAAGUAGAUUCAGUCUGGGGUUUAAGUUUGUUACACAUCAAGUUCUUUGUCAAACCUUCAAAGAAUUUAUGAAAAUUUGGCAGAAGCAAACUUUUUUUUUUCAUUUUCAGUAUUUUUCUGAUUAAUGGACUUCGUUUUUUACAGUAAACAUUCUCACAGUCUGGGAUUAAAUUUUUUUGACUUUAUAAAUUUGUAAAUCUUCAUAGAUUGUUGUGAAAGUUGGACAGAAGUUAAUCUUCAAGACCAAGAAAUAGCAUUUUAAGAAAAGUUUGAUUUUUUUUUUUUCACCUUUUAAGUCAACAUCACACUUUUACACUGACAGCAGCAGUGGCAGGCGAGACACAGGGUUCUGUGGAACCCUUUACCAAUUUUUUUAUAUAAAUUAUAUAUAUAUUCUACAACUUAUUAAGUGCUCAAGAUAGAUAUAUUUUAAAAUUUUAAAUGUAAGGCUUGCAGAGUGAUUUAAAUGUUUAAAAUUAAACUGUCGAGAUACUGUAGUGAAAUCUGAAACUCCGAUGAUUUUUAGAAGAUAUGUAUGCAAACUUUUCUUCUUCUUUUUCACUGAUCUGCAAAAAGACAAUGUUAUUUCUCUGUGAUGUCAUCAGUAAUGGUCAUCUUUUUGUGUUAUUUCUCAAUAGAGAAAGCAGAAAAAACAAGACAUUUUGAUGUAAUUUCAAAAUAAUCCUUAAAAAAAAGUUCUUUUCUUUUUUGAACCACUGUAAACUGGCAAUUUGAAUUUUGGAGUAAAAUUUGCAUAAAAUACAAAAUUUUUACAGUAACAAAAAAUAGCCAAUGAACAUAUCAUUGAUGUGUUGCAUUGCUGAAGUUUUAAAGAUUUUUACUACAAUAAAUGAUACAUUUUACUGAGAUUAUGAACAUUUUUUAUUAUAUUUAUUGGACAGGUAGUCUACACAAAUUGAUAAAAAUUAGUGAAAUUUAUUACUGACAUACAAAUGAUUUGUAUAAUUAAUAUCUCAUUAUUUUCCUCAAAUUUCAUGUCAGAUUAUUUUUUGUAUAUUUUAUGAUUAACCAAAAUGUAUUUGAAAAUGAAAUAUGAAAAUUUAAUCAGGAAACACUUGUUACAUCAAUUCACUUUAUUAGACUAAUCUUUAUUUGAAUUUACAGAAAACAUUGUAUUUUUCCCACCUUUUUUGUCAUUCAUUAUACAAUAAUUCCCUUGUGAUUAUUAUUUGUUACACAAUAAAUGCAAAUAAAGAAACAUAAUAAUAAAAUUUGAAAUAAUCACAAAUAAAAAAUAAUAUACACUU